GGUUUAGUUAUUUUUUUCCUUACUUCCGCCAUGUCCGAAGUCGCGCUCCCUGCUCCAGCUGCUUCCACUGCCCCCGAGAAACCUUCAGCUGGUAAGAAGGCGAAGAAGCCUGCGAAGGCUGCAGCGGCCGCCAAGAAAAAACCAGCGGGCCCUUCAGUUUCGGAGCUGAUUGUGCAAGCCGUUUCCUCCUCCAAGGAGCGCAGCGGUGUAUCCCUGGCCGCGCUGAAGAAGGCGCUGUCGGCCGCUGGCUACGAUGUAGAAAAGAACAACAGCCGCAUCAAGCUGGGUCUUAAGAGCCUAGUGAGCAAAGGCACCCUGGUGCAGACCAAGGGCACCGGCGCUUCGGGUUCUUUCAAGCUCAACAAGAAAGUAGCCUCCGUGGAUGCCAAGCCCAGCGCCACAAAGGUGGCAACGAAAACCAAGAUAACAAGCGCUUCUAAGAAGCCCAAGAAGGCCACUGGGGCGGCUGCUGCCAAGAAAGUUGUCAAGACUCCAAAAAAGGCUAAAAAGCCUGUGUUGACAAAGAAGUCCUCAAAGAGUCCUAAGAAGCCUAAGGCUGUGAAGCCUAAAAAAGUAGCCAAGAGCCCUGCCAAAGCCAAGGCUGUGAAACCCAAAGGGGCCAAAGCGAAGGUAACCAAGCCAAAGACCGCUGCCAAACCCAAGAAGGCAGCACCCAAGAAGAAGUAAGAGUUCUGGUUGGAAGCUGCUUCCAAUAAACCAACGGCUCUUUUAAGAGCCACCAACUUAUUUCAGGGAAAGAGCUUUAUUACCACACAACUUUUUUUUUUUUUUUUGCCCUCAUGCAAAUACAAUGUGUGCAAGCCACUCUUAGCUCCACAUCAGAAUCUUUGAGGCUAAGUUAAACUCAUGCUGUGGGGUUAGAAGCUGGUGUUUUGGGCCUCAAACUAUUUCCCUAGUCCCAUUUUAACC